AUCAAAAUCGCAGUUCAUUUUUCAUCCUCUGAAGUUGCUGCUCUCCUCUCACUUACUGCUUUGUUCUCUCUCAAAUCACAGCAACAAAUCACUCUCUUGUAGCCUUUUUUUUUUGUUGGGAUUCAGGAAGACAUUCAAGGCUAGAGCUUGUUAUUUGUUACCGGACUUUAUGCUGUUGGUCUGGUUUAAUUCCGAUUGAAUCUUAAACCCUUAAUCCUUUCCCUUAACCAGCUUUUAGACCAGACUGAGUCUGAAAACCAUGGUUGUAAGUUGAGAAAUGCUGAGUGGUUUGUUCCUUCCAUCCUGUUAUUGGCUUCCCUUCAGCUUCUUGAAGAAGAAGAAAAAGCAUGGACCCAAAGAAGCCAGAGUCAAAAAAACACGCGUCAGCGGAAGCAGUAGACAUUAGCGGAAACCGUAAAUUUAUAUUUAUGGAAAUGUGAAUACUUUUGCUAACCAUAGCAAUUGAAGAAGCUUUUCCUUCUCUCUUAUAUUUUGCUCAAAAAAGUUUUGCUUCACCGUAAGCAGUUGGAAAUUUUUCUGUAGAGCCAAGUUUGGGAUGCAUUUGUGGAGGCAAGAAAGGGUGCAAUUGAAGGUCUUUCGAUUGUUUUCACUUUCACUUUUUCUAUUAGGCAUGAAACAGUGAAAUGGUAGCUGAACGUAAAGUAAGGAAGACAAGCUGUUUGCCAAUAUGCUUGACCCAGAUUCUAGUGCCUGCUGUUAUGGGGGUUUUAGGCAUAUACAUGAUCACAGAGUUCUUGCAUGCAUUCUCAAAUCCUGUGCUGCACUCUCAUCCAUAAAAUGGGGCAAGGCCCUUCACAGCAGCAUUCUAAAAAUAGGCCACCUAUCCUCCCAUGAUGUGUUGAAAGUGCUGCUUAACAUGUAUGCAAAGUGUGGAGCUCUUAGUGAUUGCAAGAAACUAUUUGGUGAAGUAGGUUAUUGUGAUCAUGAUCCCGUCUUCUGGAAUAUUCUCUUAUCUGGGUUUGCUGGGUCUCGGAAUUAUGAUGCUGAGGCCUUAAGGUUGUUUAAUAGAAUGCAUGUUUCCAAUGAAGUAAAGCCUAGUUCUGUUACCGCGGCCAUUAUUCUUCCUGUUUGUGCUCGCAUGAGAGAUAUAUACGCAGGUAAGUGUGUGCACUGUUAUAUGAUUAAAGUUGGAAUGGAGACGCAUACACUUGUUGGAAACUCUCUGGUGUCAAUGUAUGCUAAAUGCGGGCUAGUUCACAAUGAUGCGUAUGUGGCUUUUGAUAGCAUUAAUGACAAAGAUGUCAUUUCAUGGAAUGCCAUCAUUGCUGGGUUUUCUGAGAAUAAGUUGAUGGACAAUGCCUUCAGAUUAUUUAUUUUGAUGCUGAAAAGUAAAAUAAAACCAAAUCAUGCAACUAUUGCUAAUAUUCUGCCCGUUUGUGCAUCUUUGGAUAGGAAUAUUGCCUACUGCUUUGGGAAAGAGAUACACUGUUAUGCCCUGCGGCACAAUGAGUUGUUAGCAGAUGUUUCUGUCUGUAAUGCUUUGGUGAGCUUCUACUUGAUAGUUGGAUGGGUAAAGGAAGCAGAAUUAUUGUUUCAAAGGAUGGAAUUGAAAGAUUUGAUUUCAUGGAAUGCUAUCAUUUCAGGAUAUGCAUUCAAUGGUGAGUGGUCAAAAGCUUUGGAAUUAUUUCAAGAAUUACUUUCUUCAGAGAUGAGUGGGCCAGAUUCUGUAACCCUAGUCAGUAUUCUUCCUGCCUGUGCACAGCUUAAAAACUUGAAGGUGGGUAGAGAGAUCCAUAGUUAUGUUCUUCGACAUCCUUACUUAUGUCAGGAUACAUCUAUUGGGAAUGCUCUAGUUAGUUUUUAUGCAAAAUGUGACAGCAUAGAAGCAGCAUAUCAUACAUUUUUAAUGAUUUCUAAUAAAGAUUUGAUAUCAUGGAAUUCUAUGCUUGAUGCCUUUGCAGAGAGUGGACACAAUAUUAAGUUUUUGGAAUUGUUACAUUGGAUGCUUAAGGAAGGAAUUAGACCUGAUUCCAUUACCAUCUUAACCAUACUUCAUUUUUGUGCUUACCUCUUAAAAGUAGAUAAGGUCAAAGAGACUCAUUGCUAUUCACUUAGGCAUGGCCUUUUGCUGUCUGAUGUUGAACCUACUACUAGAAAUGCAGUGCUUGACACAUAUGCCAAAUGUGGUAACAUUGAGUAUGCAUUUAAGGUUUUCGAGAGUUUAUCAAAUAACAGGAAUUUGGUUACUUUUAAUUCAAUGAUCUCAGGCUAUGUAAAAUGUGGAUUAUAUGAUGAUGCAUGUAUGAUUUUCAACAAGAUGACUGCCACUGACCUCACUACUUGGAAUCUAAUGAUUCGAGGGUAUGCUGAAAAUGAUUGUCCUGAUCAGGCUUUUAGUCUGUUCCAUCAGCUACAAGCUAGAGGAAUGAAGCCUGAUGCAGUUACCAUUAUGAGUCUCCUUCCAGCCUGUGCUCAAAUUGCUUUGGUACAUUUGGUGAAGCAGUGUCAUGGAUAUGUGGUUAGAGCUUGUUUUGAUGAUGUCCACUUAGAAGGAGCUCUUUUAGAUUUAUAUGCUAAAUGUGGCUGUAUAGGUUAUGCUUCUAAGCUUUUCCAAUCAAACACAGGAAGAGAUUUAGUUAUAUUCACUGCCAUGGUUGGUGGGUAUGCCAUGCAUGGAAUGGGAGUGGAAGCACUUGGGAUUUUCUCUCAUAUGCUUGAGUUGGGAACAAAGCCAGAUCACAUUAUCAUCACAGCUGUUUUAUCUGCUUGCCGUCAUGCUGGCCUUGUGGAUGAAGGGUUGAAGAUAUUCUAUUCAAUAGAGAAGCUACAUGGAAUGAGUCCAACCAUGGAACAGUAUUCUUGCGUGGUGGAUCUCCUUGCACGGGGAGGCCGAAUUCAUGAUGCUUAUUCUUUUGUGACGGGAAUGCCUAUUGAAGCUAAUGCAAAUGUAUGGGGGACAUUGUUAAGUGCCUGCAGGAUGUAUCAUGAGGUGGAAUUAGGACGUGCUGUGGCAGAACACCUAUUUAAAAUUGAAGCAAAGAAUACUGGGAACUACGUACUUCUAUCAAAUCUAUUUGCAGCAGAUGCUAGAUGGGAUGAGGUUAUGGAAAUAAGAAAACUAAUGAAAAUGAGAUACCUAAAAAAGCCAGCUGGAUGCAGUUGGAUCGAAGUAGAGAGAAGAAAGAAUGUCUUUGUAGCUGGCGACUCUUCUCACCCUCAGAGGAGCAACAUUUACACUAUAUUAAGCACCUUGGAUUUGCAAAUCAAGGAGUCAUUUCAGUUAAACCAACAGCCACGCUCACAUCUUUCGCAAUGCUGCAAGUGAAUUAUAAAUUUUGAAAGGCAUAAUUCUACUCCUUUGUUGUGCACACAGACACCUCUUGGGUGGCUAAUCACUGAAAUUCAACAAUGAAAUUUUUGCUGGUAAAAAAUUUUGAUGCAUAUUCUCCCAACUUCUGCCUAAAUCCAAGGGAUGGUUCACUGUGCAAUUAUUUUGUUAUAUUUCUGACUUCAAAUGAAUAACUAGCUCAUUUAAUUGGACUUGGGGGCCAAAUUCUAUUACUUAUCGUCUUUUUUUUUCCCCCUAAGUUGUACUUGGCCUGUUAUUAAACUUAGAGCAGAGGAGAAUAAUCCUGAAGACAGGCCAGUAUGCUGUAUAGGAAAGUUAGCCAGGUCUCAGUGGGGAUGUUAGUGAAUGCCUCAAAUUUGCACUUAAUCGCCUGUAUAUUUACUUCUUUGAUACAGUCACUUAACUUAAACUUGGGAGCUUUUUUUUUAUAUUUAUUUUUUAAGU